UCUUAUGCACAGUGUCAGGGAUUUAUCGUCAACCCUUCCUUUGGCUCCUCAGAAUUGGUCCGCAAAGUGCAUGACUGGAUUGUGUUUCCGAUUCAUUUUCCUUGCACUGCUUCAGCAAUGUUGGAUUUUAUAGGGGAUGAGUCUCGUGGGCGUAGUCGACCAGGUCUGGAGUCAUCCAGGGUCAGAGAAGUCAACCAUCCAUCCAGUCUCUUCUCAUCUUCGGGAUCCUUUUCCUUCAGUACGACGUGGAUCUCUGCUCAGAGGAGUAACCAAAUAUUGAACAAUUUUGAAGUGCUAGCUCUGACCAGAUUGAAAAUACAACUCAAACACCACACUUACAUAUACACACCAUGUUGAUGGUUUCUUCCUCUCGUCUUACCGGCGACUUUUUGAUUCUACGCGAUCUGCCACAAGUAUUCUUCAUGGCCGGCCUUCUUCUACACGUGGAUUGGAUCCAAGGGCAACAACGACUCUCUCGAGAUGUUUUCAGAGCUGAGAUAUUUCUUCGAGAUAAAUCUGGUCUUAAUAACGGUCUUUACGAAGGCUUUGUGAAUGGUCGACGUCGGUUUGGCGGGACUCAGGUCCCAGAAGGAUUUGGGGUCAUCAAUUACUUCUCCGAUGACAAGUUUCACCGUCUCAAUUACACCGGAGAGUGGUUCAAUGGAGUCAGAAGUGGAAAUGGAACAACUUUCUUCAGAGAUGGAUCCGUUUACACCGGGGAUUAUAAGGACGGCGUUGAAGAUGGACGAGGGGAAAUCAGAUACUCCAAUGGGAACGUUUUACGAGGUGAGUUCCGAAGGGGCAAGAUCGAUGGAACCGCCACUUUCACCUAUCCCAAUGGUAAUCAGCGACAAGGGGUGUUUUUGGAAAACAUCUUGGAUGGCGAGGUCGUGUUCACUGAGGCCAAUGGAAGGACCACCAUUGAAAUCUGGAACAAUGGCAAACGCAUCGAAGACAACAUUGUAAGCAAGGGCAAUUCCGACCCGGAAACCUCGAUGCGUUCCAAGUUUAAUGACCCAAACCACUUCCAACCAUCGCUCCCGUUUCCCAAUCCAAAGGUGCCCACCACCACUUCAACCACCCCCAGUCCACCUUCAGUGUUAGGCGAAGGUCCGGAAAUCUCCGGUUUGAGCUUGUUCCAAAAAGUGAUUCGAGACCGAGGAGAUCCGGGCGAGAGUUUUUUCUUUGGAUCGCCAAUUCAACCGGGCAGUGACCGCGAACCCAAAGCCAACGUAGUCCAGUCACCCGCAGAUGUGAAUGAUUCUAUGCAUGAGGCCAAGGAUGAAUUCGAUUUGCUUCGCGAGGCUUCCCAACGGGAUGAUCAGAGUGUGCUCAGGGCGUUCUUCAUGAACGUCAAUUCCUGAUGCACCAGAACUUUUUAACAAGCGAGCCAACAAUCAAACUCGAUCUCAUUCAAAGGAAGAAGAAAUAAGCACAUGGAAAGCAAAAGCUUGAGUGAAAACACGUUUGUCAUUUCAACACAUUGUGAUAGUAAAUAUAUGAUUGGAGCAAUAA